GUAGCUGUGCCCGCACUAAAACUAGAACAAUCUGGAGCUGUGGAAGUGUCAGUCCGAAGUCCCAUUGCCUGCUGGUUUAGUGCUAUGCUUUAUUGCUUUGGUGGUUCAGUUUUGUCUUCAUUGAUGCUUGCAGAACCUCCAGUAGCAUUUCUGGCAAAGGGCACAAAUAUUCUACUGGCAUCUUCAGUCUGGUAUCUUGUGUUUUACUGCCCACAAGACAUAUUCUACCGGUGCUUUGCCUUUCUGCCUCUUCGGCUUCUGGUUGCAGGAAUGAAAGAAGUGACUAGGACUUGGAAGAUAACAGCUGGCAUUGCACAUGCAGACAGUCGCUUCAAAGAUGCCUGGCUCGUCAUGGUAGCUGUGGGCUGGGCCAGAGGAGCUGGUGGUGGCCUAAUUUCCAACUUUGAGCAGCUGGUGAGAGGAGUGUGGAAACCUGAAACCAAUGAACUACUGAAGAUGUCCUACCCUGUGAAGGUAACUUUGAUAGGAGCAGUUCUUUUCACCCUGCAACACAGCCAGUACUUGCCAAUAGCAAGACACAACCUCAUGUUUUUAUACACUGUCUUUCUUGUCAUCUCCAAGGUAACAAUGAUGUUGACAAGAUCUGCAACUUCUCCAUUUGCUCCCAUUGAGGCGGCAUUAGGCCAUAUGUUCUUUGGCUUGCAAAAGACACCAUCCAAAGUGAAGGGUGAAGGUGCCGCAUCUUCCAAUGGCUCUUCAGUCUGUGACCGGUCUUCUUCUGAACAGCACCGUGAUGGUGUUAAGAAAAGACAGGCAAAGAAAACAGAAUAAGUGGCUUA